AUGGCGACCAAGACUGUCACAAAAGCAGAUAAGGCUCGCGUCGUCGAGCGGAGAGAGCAGCACCACGAGGCCGAUGUGGUCGUCGUCGGUGCUGGUGUCUUCGGCUGCGCCAUUGCCUAUGCCCUCGCCAAUCAGGGCCGCAGCGUCAUCCUCCUCGAGCGCUGGAUGCACGAGCCCGACCGCAUUGUCGGCGAGCUGCUGCAGCCCGGCGGUUGCGAGACCCUGCGCAAGCUGGGCAUGGGGGACUGCCUGGAGGGCAUCGACGCCGCGCCGUGCUACGGUUACCACGUCAUCUAUCGUGGUGAAGAGGUCUCCUUCCCGUAUCCGCCGGUCGACAAGCACGGCAACAUCAUCUGGAACGCCGACGUCACCAAGUUCACUUCCCGUCCGGAGGGCCGCGGUUUCCAUCACGGCCGCUUCAUCAUGAACCUGCGCCGCAAGUGCCUGAACCACGAGAACAUUAGCGUCUUCGAGACCGAGGUCACGGCUACCAUUAAGGACACCCACAGCAAGGCCGUGCUGGGCGUGCAGACACAGACCAAGGAUCCCAAGACGGGCAAGAAGAAGCCCGACUGCUUCUUCGGCUCGCUGACCAUCAUCGCUGACGGUUAUGCCUCCAUCUUCCGCAAGGAGCUGCUCGGCACCGAGCCCGUGGUGCGUUCCAAGUUCUACGGCCUCGAGCUGAUCGACUGCCAGCUGCCGUCCCAGGGCUACGGCCACGUCGUAAUCGGCGACGGCGCGCUCGCUCUACUGUACCAGAUCGGCACGCACGAGACCCGUGCCCUGAUCGACGUGCCCCUGGACGCCGCCAAGCCCGAGACAGGCGGUGUCCGCGGCUACAUUGAGCGCGUGGUCCUCCCCGCCCUGCCUCCCCAGGUCCAGCCCGCCGUGCGCAAGGCCAUGGCCGACGGCAAGAUCCCCAAGUCGAUGCCCAACAGCUGGCUGCCCUCGUGCAAGCAGACCCGCAACGACGGCGUCAUCCUGCUCGGCGACGCCCACAACAUGCGGCAUCCGCUGACGGGCGGCGGCAUGACGGUCGCCUUCAAUGACGCCUACCUCCUCUCCCAGCUCCUGCACCCGGAGCGCGUGCCCGACUUGGCGGACUACAACGCCGUGCACAGCGCCAUGAGCACCUUCCACUGGAAGCGCAAGUCGCUGACCUCCAUCAUCAACGUGCUCGCACAAGCCCUGUACAGCCUGUUCGCCGCAGAUGACUGGCAGCUGCGCGCUCUGCAGAAGGGCUGCUUCCGCUACUUCCAGCUGGGCAUGACCGAGGCCCCCGUGUCGUUGCUUGGUGGGUUGCUGCAGCGUCCCCUGACGUUGGCGUAUCACUUCUUCAGUGUGGCGUUCCUGGCGAUCUGGUUGAACAUGAUCGACUGCUGCAGUGGGAAGGGCGUUCUGGGGGUGUUUAUGCUGCCCGUGGCGCUGGUGCAGGCGGUGAUGAUCUGGUGGAAGGCAUGCGUGGUUUUCUUGCCGGUGUUUGCGACUGAGCUGAAGUAA